AUGGCUGAUCAAAUUCCCAAAAACAUGAAGGCCCUCGUCGCGGACCGUUCUAUUGUCAGUAGACUCUUCAAUUAUUCUUGCGGUCAUUCAUCCGGGGAUGGCGUCAAGAUACAUACAAUUCCCGUUCCCGAAAUUCACGACAACGAAAUCCUCGUUCGCGUCGGGUCCGUGGCUCUCAACCCAACCGACUUCAAACAUAUUGAUGUGGUCGCUCCCCGAGGAGCUAUCAUCGGCUGCGAUUAUUCGGGCACUGUUGCCAGAGUAGGUGCCAAGGCACCCGGACAUUGGCAGGUUGGAGAUAGAGUAGCAGGUUUCAUUCAUGGUGGACUAUACCCCGACCGGGGCUCUUUCGCAGAGUACCUCAAGAUUCCUGGGGAUCUUGCCUGGAAAGUACCGCCCUCUAUCAGCGAUGAGGAAGCAGCCACGUUUGGAGUAUCCGCUGUCACUGCGAUGCUGGCCUUGAAUGCUCGCCUGGGCGUUCCUUGGCUCGACUCGGGCAAGAGUCAAGGGCGGAAAGAUACCCCAAUCUUCAUCUACUCGGGCUCGACAGCUGCUGGACUUUAUUCCAUUCAACUUGCGAAGCUCGCGGGACUGAAGGUCGUGACAACGGCAUCACCCAAAUCCCACGACCUUGUCAAGCAGUAUGGCGCGGACGAUGUGUUUGAUUAUCGGUCGCCAACAGCCGUUGAAGAUAUUAUCCGAGCCUAUCCCAACAUUGACAGGGCCUUGGAUUGUUUCUCAGAAGGGUCUUCGACGAAGUUCUGCGCUGAUGUCGUUCGAAAGAGUCGAGGAUGGGUCGUGACAUUGCUGGAUACGGGCAAAAAGGACCUUGACGGAGUGACAGUCGACUUCAUGCUGGGGUAUACUGUUUUCAAUGCUGAGUUCCAGUGGCUCCCACCGUUGGGACCUAAAUUUCCAAGAGUGCCAUCGGACAACGAAGCUUUACGCCGUUUCUAUGCCUCCUUGCCUGAGGUCGCCCCGAAAUUGAAGACGCCUCCGUUGAAGAGGAUUGACGGGGGUCUAGAGAAUCUGGCUACAGGUCUUGAUAUGCUUCGUCAAGGGAAGGUUUCUGGGGCUAAGCUGGUUGCAACUAUCUUUUAA